AAUCGGUUGAGAGUUCCCUUCUUUCUACUGCCGUCAAAAAAGCGACGUGUGUGCCUGAGUUUUGCAGUAAAUUUGUUUAAAAAACAAGCCAACUCCAAGGAAACUUACAAAAUGAUGAACUCUCCACCAGUUUUUAUAGACUUGUCCAUGGACGAGCAGGUCCAGGAAUUGAGAAAAUAUUUCAAGAAUUUGGGCGCAGAAAUCUCUUCGGAAAAAUCCAGCAAAGGUGUUGAAGACGAUUUGCACAAAAUCAUUGGUGUCUGUGAUGUUUGCUUCAAAGAUGGUGAUCCAGCACAAAUUGAUUGUAUUCUCAAUAGUAUUGUCUCCAUUAUGAUUACUAUUUCCUUGGAUCGUGGAGAAAACAUAAUUUUGGCAUACUGCGAAAAAAUGACCAAGGCCCCCAAUGUUGCAUUGACCAAGGUGUGUCUUCAAUCUCUUUGGCGAUUGUUCAACAAUUUGGAUACAUCGUCCCCAUUGCGUUAUCACGUUUACUAUCAUUUGGUCCAAGUCGCCAAACAAUGCGACCAAGUAAUGGAGGUAUUCAGCGGCGUUGAACAAGUCAAAUCCCAAUUUGCAAAUUGCCCACCGUCUGCCGAACAAAUGCAAAAAUUAUACCUCCUGCUACAUGAUGUUACUAAAGACACAAACCUAGAAGUGUCGGCCAAAGUAAUGAUUGAACUUUUGGGUACAUACACAUCGGACAAUGCCUGCGUUGCCCGUGAAGAUGCCAUGAAAUGUAUUGUUACUGCUUUGGCCGAUCCGAACACAUUCCUUUUGGAUCCCUUGUUGGCUUUGAAACCCGUACGUUUCCUCGAGGGUGAUUUAAUACAUGAUUUGUUGUCGAUUUUUGUCUCCGAAAAGUUGCCAGCCUACAUUCAAUUCUAUGAAGACCACAAAGAAUUUGUUACUUCUCAGGGACUUAACCAUGAACAGAACAUGAAGAAAAUGCGUUUGUUAACUUUUAUGCAGCUGGCUGAAAGUAACCCCGAAAUGAGUUUCGACACCUUGACCAAGGAAUUACAAAUCACCGAAGAUGAAGUUGAACCCUUCGUCAUUGAAGUAUUGAAAACAAAAUUGGUUAGGGCCCGUCUGGAUCAAGCCAACCGUAAAGUACACAUUUCCUCCACAAUGCACCGUACAUUUGGUGCCCCACAAUGGGAACAAUUAAGAGAUCUUCUGCAUGCCUGGAAAGAUAACUUGAGUGUCGUUCGAGAAGGUCUAACACAAGUAUCAGCUGUUCAACUGGAUUUAGCUAGAAGUCAGAAAUUGGUUCAUUAGAAGAGCAAUACCAUAAGCAUAAACAAUCAAAUCCACUAAAAGAAGAAAAAACACCCUGUUUAAAUUUUGUAUGACGGUAAUAUAUUUUAUUUAAAAUGAUAAUAAAUUGUGGAAACCCCCUCAAUUGGGUGGUGACCAUUAUCAAAACACCA